CUUUCUCCCUGACGAACAUUUUCAGUGUGAAGAAAAUAAAGUUUACGGUACGUAUUCAAUUCGUGCAACCGAAAUUGAUUGGCUUGAGUGUUGACCGUUCGACCGGGGACCCGUUCCACAUUGCCCAUAAGACGUCCGGCAUUUUUGCUUCAAUGGGAUUGGAUGUUACCGGUUGCUGUAGACUGUGCCUGAAAGAUGCCUCUAACGAAGAGGCAACCCACAUCGAUAUAGAGCAGCGGCAAGAAGUAGGCGAGCUUAUUCGGGACCUUUAUGGUCUUAAUAUCAAACGUUCCGAACGUGGCUCCAAGUAUAUUUGUGUACCCUGUUAUAAGGAGGCUACAAAUUUGAAGAAACACCGCGACUUGUUCCGGGAUAAGCAGAAGUUUGUGUUGGUAAAUCAAGCAAUCUUGAAAUCGCAAGCAGAUGCAUUUCCAGAGGAUGAUGAACCCGAUUUGGAAGAUAACGAACCCUGGUGUGAUCCGAAUGUCGGAUACUGUCCGCCUGUCUCUACGCCAGUAGAUCUACUACUCACGAUAGAGGACUGCAUGCGCAGCAAACUUUUCCGUGAUUCACUGCAAGAUCCGUUCGAUCUGGGCUACGUAGGAGUAUCCGGCCCAAUUUAUCAGGAAGAUUCCGACAGCUUCCUUGAUAUAUGGUAUCCUAUCCAGCUGUUUUGUAGCAAAUGUAUGACGAAGUUUGAGGAUCAAACCGGGUUUGAUGCUCAUCGCGAAAAGUGUCGUUACAAAUGUACAUUCUGCAAACGAUAUUAUUCGUUUUUCGAAAGCUACGUGCAACACAACUGCCAAAAGCGCGAUCGGUUCCGAAAGGAAAAGAAAAGAAAAUAUGAGGAGUAUAUGGCGGAAUCUAGUUUUAAACGCGUAAAAGCAACCGUGAAUGAGAAGACGGCUGUUUCCGAUCAGCCAUCGACCUUGCAAUCCGUACAAAAUGCCGAAAAAGAUACUGUAGAAACAAUACAAACGGCGGAUGGAAACACUUUAAGAAUUCUUCCUCUGCCAGAGUUGUUGCCAGCACCAGCUGAAGUGCCCCAUAUUGAUGGAGAAGCCACUCUAGAUGCAGAACUGUCGAAUUUAUUGGAACGUUGGUACGGACAAACAGAAGAGCAUGAUGAACGUAGCCGUAGUAAUCUGGGAACUAUUCAAAUCACCGACGACAAUGGGAUUGUGACUAAUUCUGAAGUUUACAGUCGAGUUAUCGAUACGGCGUAUCGAAACGACUCUGCAAGGCCAAGACCGGCUAUAUCUGUCAAACCGAUGAGCCAGCUAAUUAACUCGAGCACUGCGCAAACGUUCCUUGGCGUCCCUGUCCAAUCGUCAUCUACUGUUGAAGAACCUCCAGUAGAGGUAAUUGAAAUCGAAGAUGAUGACGAUGUAGUAGUCAAUCCCCCUACAACAGUCUCUACAUCCAGUGCACCGCAAUUGAUCAAUGCAGAACACCAAGCGCUAAGCGAGUCUGAUAUUUUGAACAUUGUCAAACAUUUUCGGGGAAUUGACGAGAAUGAAUCAUAUCUCAUUAAAGCCAAAAUAAACGGAGCUCAGAAAUUGAUUUGUAUCAGUAAGCGAAAAAACGAAGCAGAGCAAGCAUCCAGCACGCCAACCGUAGCGGUAAAUAACAAUUCAGCGCUUCAAUCUGUUGCUAGACGAUCCGCACAGAGGGCAGCAGUUAUAGCUUCCACUGGAAAACACUAUUCGUCUCCGAACAGUACGGAGGCAACGGUCGUUUCGUCAACGACGAAUCCGUCACUGACCGUAAGAAAUGUUGCCGCCAUAAAUGGACAACCAACUCCAACCGUGAACCCGCCAACCUCUAUACCCCCGUUGAAGAUUGCGCAUGUACAAUCUUUGGUUCAACAGUCGCAUGCUGCUAGAAGCUUUCAACAUUCGAGCAGACUAUCCAAUGGAAAGCAAGGGACAGCAGUAGUAACACAACCGAUUAAUCAUCAAUCGCAACCUGGGGCAGCAAACAUAACCAUUCCUAGAAGGGUGCCAGCGCUUGCUUCGCAGGUGAAAUCUCCACCGGCAAACCAGCAAUCACCUGCCAAAAGUGACCCUCGGAGAAUAAUUGUGGGCAGUAAUUCCAUAAAAUUAUUGAAUAGUAACACCAAUCAACCGCGAUCGAUUGCCCCAAAACCACCGCAUGGAAGUGUUGCUACAGUGAACUCAGUCACUACUACUACUUCGAUGCAGCAGCGCAUUAUCGUUCAGAGGAAGCAGGUGCAGACCAUCGUUCAAUCUGCCGUUAGUCGUACCACUAGCAUCGAUGGUACUAGCAACGGUAGCAGCAGCAGUAAUGGGGGUGGCGGCAGCGGUAAUAACAGUACUAAUGGGUCAUCAAAUUCCCUUCUACGCUCUCAACUUCUUCAACUCCCGACCAGAAUAUAUCCGGGUACUUCUGGUGAAUCUCCGGGAACAUCCGGCAGAAAAGUUCUCAACGUUAGCCCAUCCGGACGACAUCUACAGAUAAAUAAUACGACCAUUGCCCGGUUGAAUUAAUAUACCCUAAGUAGUUGUAUCUAAGCAUUGAAGCGAAUCGACGAAACUGCGAAAAGGGGGCAGGUAUUUUACGUAAACCGUUACAUUCUGCAGCAAAUAUUUGGAUUUAUUGUAUUAAGAAACACAAUUAUUCUUUCUAAUAAAG